GUUCCUCAGGGGUCUCCUACGGCCUUGUCCAGGGGCUACCGGAGGUGGAGGUGGAGGUGAGGGUCGGUGCGUCGCGGUGGAGGCGCUCACUGGGGCAACCGCCCAGGACCCUGGACGGCAACCGGACCGGCCAGACCGAACCAGACCGGGACAAGAACCCGGAGCGGGGCCAGGGGCCAGAGGAGGACGACUUCCAGGGGCCGCUGUCGUCCGAGCAGCCGGACAACAGCUCCCAGAUCGAGGAAGACACGGAUCAUAACUACUACACCUCGAAGACCUACGGCCCCGCAGACCCCCUGAGCAAAGGCUUCUGGGUAGACAUCGAUCAGAUGGACAAGGACAAGGUGAAGGUCCACGGAAUCCUCUCCAACACGCACAGACAAGCCGCGAGGGUGAACCUGUCCUUUGAUUUCCCCUUCUAUGGACAUAACCUGCGAGAAGUUACCGUGGCAACUGGUGGGUUCAUCUACACCGGUGAUGUGGUCCACCGGAUGCUCACGGCUACCCAGUACAUCGCUCCUCUCAUGGCGAACUUUGACCCCAGUGUCUCGCGGAACUCCACCGUCAUCUAUACUGACAACGGCACGGCCCUGGUGGUGCAGUGGGACCACGUGCGGCUGCAGGACCUGGACCACCUGGGGAGCUUCACCUUCCAGGCCUCGCUGCACCGCGACGGACGGAUCGUCUUCGCCUACCGAGAGGUCCCGAUGGACGUGUCUCAGAUCAGCUCGGUGAACCACCCGGUGAAGGUGGGUCUCUCUGACGCCUUCGUGGUCCUCGACCACGUCCAGCAGAUCCCCAAUGUUCGUAGGAGGACCAUCUAUGAGUAUCACCGUGUAGAGCUCGUGAAGACCAAGAUCUCCAACUCCACCGCUGUGGAGAUCACCCCCCUGCCCACCUGUCUUCAGUUCACCGACUGCUCCAGCUGCAUCUCCACCCAGAUCAGCUUCAACUGCACCUGGUGCCACCGGCUACACCGGUGUUCCAGUGGUUUCGACCGCCAUCGGCAGGACUGGGUGGACAACAGCUGUCCUGACGAGACCAAGGAUAAAAGCUGUGACAUCAUCCUCACCACGCCGCGGCCCGUGGUCACCACCACGACCGUCGUCAGGACAACGUCCCGGAGCCAAGAGACCGACGCUGGCCUGGGUGUCCGGUCCUCCACACACACACCCACUUCUGUCCCAACCGAAGAUGACACCAAGAUUGCGGUCCACCUCAAAGAGCCAGGAGACGGGCGGUCAGAGAACACAUUACCCGCGGCCCGUGCUGACGGAGCGGCCCCCCGGGUCUCUCCUGGGACCCGCCCCCUCCACACCGGGCUGAUCCUGGCGGUCGUCGUGGUGAUGGUGGUCCUGGUGGGGCUGGUGCUCAGCCUGUACGUCUACCACCACCCCACCUCCACCACCGUGUUCUUCAUCGAGAGGCGUCCACGGCGCUGGCCAGCGAUGAAGUUCUACCGCCGGUCGGGCCGUCCAGCCUACGCCGAGGUGGAACCCACCGGACUGGGGAAGGACGUCUUCAUGGACCCCGACCAGUUCUGAGACACCCCCCCCCCCCCCCCCCCCCCGGGACCAGCACAGACUGGGACCAGCAGAGACCGGAGAUCCGUCCGCUGCCCGCUCGGUCCAACCUCUCUGUUUCAAUAGCGACCGAAGAGGGAUUAUUAUGGA